GUGCACGCCUCUGCAGAUAUUGGGAUACAUGAGGACGGCGAAUCAUGAGCUCAUUGCCGAGGUCGGCCUCACCAAGUCCCACGUGAGCAACUACCUGAAGAAGCACCGAAGAAUGGCCAGACUAGAGGCGCAACACAACGCGCACGCAGCGGAGGCCGCCCAUCCGCCCACGAGCCCAUCCCCACCAGCCACCGCUGCCAAGCGGCAGCUGGUGGUGGCCGCCCAUCCGCCCACGAGCCCAUCCCCACCAGCCACCACUGCCAAGCGGCCGAAGGUGGUGGCCUCACCCUCGCCGUCACCCAGCCCGUCGGCCUACGGUCUGCAGCUAGGUGGGAUUGGCAACGAUGCGGAGACCGAGCGGUGUGAGAAGGAGACCCAGCCGACGCGCCAGUAUUUUGAUGCUCUUCUGCAAAAGAAAGCCCCCCGUCGUCAGAUCACACCCACCCAUUCAGCCGCCCAUCCACACUCAUGUCGGCCGCCCCCAAGCACUGCGAAUACGAGCGCAUCUCUCGCCUGCAGCAGCUCGUUCCUCGGGCCGGUGGUGACGGCCCCCCACCCGCCCACACAGCAGCGUGUCCACCAUGUUUGUGGGUCGGCGAGGCCACCUCCUGGAUAUCGAGUGGUGCUGCCACCACCGCUCGGCCCAUUUCGGGAUCCUCUCUUCACAGCGGAUGACCCACACCCGUUGAGGAGGACGGCAAUCAGGUAGGUGGAUGGAUGGAUGGAUGGGGUGCGGGGAGUCCGUGAGGUCUCUUUGUUGGAGGAGGGGAGGGAAUGGCAAUGAUAGGACUGCGAGUGGGAGGUGUGACUUGGGGACGUGUGUGUUAUGACAUGUAUUGUCAUGAUUCCGCGAAUCGGGCUGACACUUCAGCACGGUCGUCGUCUUUCUCAGACGGAAGGCGUCCGGUCAGACAAAACGGUCGAUCACGGUCGAACUAAAAAAACAAAGGGUCAUUCCACACCAGUGCUGUGCUGGCACCCCCACUGCUCACCCAGCACGUUGAAACCUGGAAGCACCAUCACAUCGGUUCAAGCUCGCAGUGCCACUCGGAAAGGCGCGGUGAUUCCAGGCCCGAUCUUCACGUUUGGGUUCACCGGAAGCCCAUCCAUCCAUCCAUCCAUCCGUCCAUUCAUCCAUCUGAUCUUGAGCCACUGGAUCUCGGAAGUGAAUGAAGCCGCCGCCCGGGCGUCUGGCUAUAGAAGAUGCGUGCCGUUGUCUAGCCAGCGAGGGGCUGCCCGUCCAGCCCAAAUGCGCCGAGGCUCUUCGGCGCGCCAAGCAUGGCGAGCACGCGUCGGCCGAGGCGCUGCUGCCGCUCGUGGAGGACAUGUGCCUCCUCUUCUGGGUGGAGGGACUCAAACAGCUCAAGCGCAAGACCCUCAACGCACAAGACCACCCGGCCGCUCCUCCCCCCGCCCUUUGCAGUGCGGGUAGCUUCCCAUUCGUCGCAUCGACGCUGAGAUACCUGGAGUAUCCCCGCUUGACGCAGCUGCUGACGAGCUACGAGCACCACCAGCGUGUCGAGCCGGCACGUCGUCGGUCACAGGACCACGCGGACACCAGUGGCCUCUUCCUCUUCUCGCGUGAGCUGUUGCUGACCCUGGCGUACCUGAUUGCCACCAGAUCGCUGCUGUCCGACUACCACCGCCCGAGGCCAGAUCUGCCGUUCCUGCGCGAUGAGGACAUGGAAGGGGCCAAGUUGGUGGCCCCGGUCGACACGUCAUCCUUCCCGUCCGUGGUCAAGACCUCGGGUGACGCGACAACGACCUUCACGGCCAAGUUUGCGCGCAAGGGCCCUCUCGAGCUGGCCCGUGAUGACAUCAGGAGGCGGCAGUCCUCCCCCACGCAGCGGCAGUCCCACUUGUCGAUCAUCAGCGUGACGCUGGCCAGCUGGCUGAUGCAGAUGACCCUGCGCGUCAAGUCCAUCCAUUCGUCGAUCCGCCAUCUCGACAGCCACCGGCUGCUGAUGCUGCACCGGUUCGAGCAGAGGAUCCGGGCCCUCAUGAAGCUGUCGGGCAGCCACGACCUCGGCCCCCCCACUGUGUGCGACUUCACCAUAUGCCGCCAACCGUCUGUGUACGAGCAGGUCGUGGCUCAGCUGCAGCGCUAUCAGCAGCUGGUGGAGCAGUGGCAGCGGCAGAGCGUCUUUUGGCGGUGGAUGCAGACGGUCCUCGACGAGGCCGAUCACAUCGAGAGGGAGCGGAGGGAUAGCAGGGGGGCAAGGGAGGAGGGGGCCGGUGGUUGGGAGGAGAGGGAGAGGGAUGGUGAAAAGGCGCCGGGCAACUCUGUGGUACUGCCUGUGGAUCCUUUCAUGGUAGCACACACGCACGCCACUCCCACUCGCACAUCUGACCUCUUCAUGCGUGUCUGCCCGCCCCAUAGUUAUUGCAGAGCGGGGAUCAGCUGUCCGAGAACGUGAGCUUCGUGUCUGCUUUGCUGACCCACAAGGGUCUGCCCGACCCCCUGCCAGUCAGCCCCUUCCCCUUCGCCGCCCUCAUCGACAAGGGCAGCGGCUGCGGCAGCGCUGUGGCCCCCGACACACAGCACAACAGAGAGCCCUCCCAGGACACCAUCGGAUGGCUCAGCACGGUGCAGGUGCGUAAGCACACGGUGGCAUGUGUGUUGUGUGCAUGGUGUCACUGUCGUGGCUUGGCUUGCAGCGAUCGUACGUGUCGUCUGGUCACAAGCCGAAGGCCACGUUUGUGCCGGCCCAUAGCGAGCCUGCGUUCUUCAACUUCGUGUCGGAGAAGUGGACGCGGAUGAUGAGCGAACAGAGGACGCAGGCACUCCAGCAAGUCCAGUCGGGGGACAGCACGCUCGAGGUGAGACAGCAGAGUGGACAGAUGGAUAGAUAGAAGGGUUCUGUGUGCGGACUGGUCUGGUGGUGUGUCUGUUGGUUGGUGUGUAAAUGUUUGUGUUGUGUGCAGGCUGAGCUUCUUUCGGCUUACCUGAAUGCUGUAGCUUGUAAGCACUCACCCACCCUGCGCUCUGCAGAAACUGACUGACAGGCUGAGCACAUCCAUUCAUUUCUCGUGUGUAUGCGUAUGUGCAGCGGUCUGUGCCGCCUACCUGCCGCUGCCAGAAGACCUAGGCAAACACCUACACAGGGUAACAACAGCCACACACACACACACACACACAUACACACACACAGAGUGACGACGUCAGCUACACUCGCCCCUCUGAUGUGUGUGUCUAUCUAUCUCUUUAUAGAUAGUGCUGGAUUGGUCGCUGCUGUCACGGUCAUCGUCUCCGUCCGACCCCUCGGCCGUCUGCCCCUCUGUGCGCUCCACCUCACCCCAUCCCGCCUCACGCACCCCGCCCCCUCCCAUGCGCCAGCAGACCAACAAACCGCCCCAGCAGCAAUGGCCCUUCCCCUUCCCCCCACAGCACAAGCCGACAGACAAGCGGCAGGCCGCCCUUGACAAGGCCCGCAGGUCCCACCUUAGGCUGCUGCGGCGGUCCGUCGGGGGGCUGGCGCACCUCGUCAAGCCGACCGACGUGUCCAACCCCUCUCUCUCCUCAAACAAGGGCAAGGAGACCCCUGUGUGUGCACCACCACCGGGUGUCGCAGCAGCAGCAGCAGCAGCAGGAGCGGCCGAGCAGCAUGAUAGUGGCGGUGACGGUGAGGGGACAGACGAGAGUGCGGCAUUCCUUGCGCGUGAGAGCGAGGGCGAGGCGUGGGACGGUGACAAGACGCCCAGCUUUGUGUGGGCGCUGCGGCAGCGGCGGGCGGCCGAGGGGGCGCGGCAGCAAGAGCUGUCGAGCCAUGUGCAUGAGAGGCUGCGGCGCGUGACGGCCAAGAUGGAGGCCAAGCUGGGCAUCAGAGUGGUCCCAUGACCGAUAUGACCAAUCGAGUGCAUAUUGGUAGGUGUGUGUAGAUAUAUACGUAUCGGGGAGGGAGAGAGAAGAGAGCCCUUCCUCGUGUUGUAUGGGCGACGUCCUGACACGGUUUGCCAUUCUCGUUGCAUGACGCGCCGGAGCAACCAGUGCAGGGCAGGCGGACUAUGUCAAGAUGAGGAGUGUGUGUGUGCUUGUAACAGAC